UUUGGCAGCAUCAGUUCACCAGCUGAGUUCUUCGAGUGCAUAUACCAGCAGCCCGAACAGUCUUCAAUCAACUCCAAUCAACCAAAUUUAAACUUCUAGCAAAAAUGGCCUUCAAGUUUGUCAUCCUUGCCGCGCUCGUCGCCGCCGUCAGCGCUGGUGGACCAGCUGCCUACUCGAUUGCUGCACCGAGCGUCGACUACCACUCGGUUGGUGCUUCCCACGAGCACACCGUUAAGGGUCUGUACGGACAGAACGUACUGUCCCAGUACUCGAAGGCCGUUGACUCCGCACACUCGUCAGUCCGCGUGCACAGCUCUCGGCUGAGCAACGAUGGAUUCGCUUACGCACCGGCCGUUAAGUACGCCGCUCCGGCCUACGCUGCCCAUUAUGCCGCUCCCGCUGUCCACUACCCAGCUGCCGCACACUAUGCCGCUCCGGCACACUACGCCGCACCCGCCGUCCAUUACCCGGCCGCCCACUAUGCCGCUCCCGCUGUCCACUACGCUGCCCAUGCCCCGAUCGUUAAGGCCGCCUACCCUGCUGCCCUUGCCUCCCCGCUUGCCUACAAGGCUCCGCUGGCCGCUCCUGUAGCUGCCGUGCACGGUGGUUCGGUCGUACAGUUCGCCGGUCUCGGUGCCAGUUACGCCUGGUAAGAAGCCUUGACAACCUCCGCCGCCCCCAAAAAAACAAACCCCGGACUGAUGGACGCAAAAUGCGAGAGACGAAACAACGAGAUAUGCCGCUGGCAGGCAGUAGCAAUAGCUUUACCAUUAACAAAAGUCACACAAAGUCAACAGCAGCUUAGUACCUAAGUUCUUAGAUUUGAACAAGCAAUUUGAACGUUGCGAGCGAGUGAAGGAAGGAUGCGAAUAAAUGCGGAAAUGGCGCAGCAGUACGGUGCGCCGGACGUAAGGAAA